GCCGCUCCCUCUCCCGCCGCCCGGAGCGGAGUCGCGUUGACUGACCAGAGUCCGCGAGUCCCGCUCCGCUCCCGCCGCCUCAGCUUUUUCAAUUUUUACAACAUAGGAAUAUCUUUAACUCGGAAUGUCUCUACAUCAGUUUUUACUAGAGCCAAUCACCUGCCAUGCAUGGAACAGAGACCGUACUCAGAUUGCCAUUAGCCCUAAUAAUCAUGAAGUCCACAUCUACAAGAAGAGCGGGAACCAGUGGGUAAAGGCUCAUGAGCUAAAGGAACACAAUGGACACAUUACAGGUAUUGACUGGGCUCCCAAAAGCGAUCGCAUUGUAACUUGCGGUGCAGACCGUAAUGCCUAUGUCUGGAGUCAGAAAGAUGGCGUGUGGAAACCAACCCUUGUGAUCCUGAGAAUUAAUCGUGCAGCCACCUUUGUGAAAUGGUCUCCCUUGGAGAAUAAAUUUGCUGUGGGAAGUGGAGCUCGGCUUAUAUCUGUGUGCUACUUUGAAUCUGAAAAUGACUGGUGGGUGAGCAAACACAUUAAAAAGCCCAUUCGUUCCACUGUCCUUAGCCUGGACUGGCAUCCCAACAAUGUUUUGCUGGCUGCUGGAUCCUGUGACUUCAAGUGCAGGGUGUUUUCUGCUUACAUUAAGGAGGUGGAUGAAAAACCAGCCAGUACACCAUGGGGCUCCAAAAUGCCUUUUGGGCAGCUGAUGUCAGAAUUUGGGGGUGCUGGAAGUGGCGGAUGGGUGCAUAGCGUCAGUUUUUCUGCCAGCGGUAACCGCCUAGCCUGGGUCAGUCACGAUAGUACUGUGUCAGUUGCUGAUGCCUCAAAAAAUAUGAUGGUUUCGCAGCUGAAAACAGAGUUCCUCCCACUCCUGAGCGUGUCAUUUGUCUCUGAGAACAGUGUGGUGGCAGCUGGCCAUGACUGCUGCCCGAUGCUCUUUAACUGUGAUGACCGUGGCUUGUUGACCUUCGUUUCCAAAUUAGACAUUCCAAAACAGAGCAUCCAGCGCAAUAUUUCCGCUAUGGAACGCUUCCGAAACAUGGAUAAAAGAGCCACUACAGAAGAUCGUAACACUACCCUGGAGACACUGCACCAAAACAGUAUAACCCAAGUGUCUAUUUAUGAGAUAGACAAACGAGAUUGUCGUAAAUUCUGCACCACUGGCAUUGAUGGAGCAAUGACCAUCUGGGAUUUCAAGACCUUAGAGUCCUCUAUUCAAGGUCUACGAAUCAUGUAAAGAUGGAUUUCCGUGAUCUAGCAGGACAAACUGCUUGACAAUGCAGCUCCCACAUCUGCACAAACCCGAAAAGGGAGGAGAAAGUUGGAAUAUUUGGAAACACUGAGAAAAUACAGCUUGGCAGAUUUUCUUUUGAAUCUAAAUUUGGUGAAUUGUGUUGGUUUCAAAAUCAGCUGUGAUUGUUCUUUUUUUUUUUUUUUGGUUGGUUGUUUCAUUCCAUUCUUUACCAAAGCUGCUCCUUAAGUAGUUUAUUGCAGGAAGUUAUGAAUCACUAACUUAAAAGGGGAAUUUUAUGUAAAUUGUCUGCUAGAAAUAA